CGACAUCUGUAGGCCGUAUUUGGCGUAGUGUUUUCUGCAAGUCACGUUACUUCUGUGUUUAGAGGAUCGAGCCGAAAUUUUCUAGAUUUAAAUUAUUUCGAUAAUGGAAUGCCUUAUAGGAAUUACGUUCGAUGAUUUUGUGUUGUUAGCAUCCGAUAAAAUGGUUACACAGAACAUAAUUAUGAUGAAAAAAGAUGACAAUAAACAAUAUCCUUUGAGUGAUCACUUAUUAAUGGCUGUAAGUGGGGAACCAGGUGAUACAGUUCAGUUUGCUGAAUUUAUUGCAAAGAAUAUUCAAUUGUAUAAACUUCGAAAUGGUUAUGAAUUAUCACCUUCAGCUGCUGCUAACUUUACUAGAAGAUACUUGGCUGAUUUCCUUCGAAGUAGAUCUCCGUAUCGUGUAAAUCUGCUGUUGGCAGGAUUUGAUAGCACUGGACCAGAUCUCUAUUAUAUAGAUUUUCUUGCAGCUAUGGUAAAAUUACCUUAUGGAGCUCAUGGAUAUGGAUCUUUUUUUAAUCUGAGUAUUCUGGAUCGCUAUUACAGAUCAGAUAUGACAGAAGAGGAAGGUAUGGCAUUACUAAAAAAAUGCGUUCAAGAGAUUAAAGACAGAUUUAUAGUUUCUCUUUCAAGUUUUCAUGUAAAUAAGAUUGAUAAAAAUGGUAUUCAUCAUCUCUCUGAUAUUACUGUAUAAUACUGCUCUGUCAUUAAUAUGAAUAUUCAUUUAAAAAAUUAACAGUGGUUAGUUUCAAUUAAUGUAUAUUUGUUUACAUUA